ACAAGCAGUGAGAGCGAACCGGGCGAGGGGAGGACACUGGCAGGUAUUAAAUACUUCGUCCCGCUGCCUCCAACGCCCGCAACCUAGUCAUGGCAGUGCGCCCCACCCUGCUAUCUUUUGUCCAAGCGCCUUCUACCUCCUUCCCUUCUACCCUGCCCGUCGGUUAUGCCAACACUUGCUUGUUCUUGCCAACUCCCUCGCUUUCUGGCAUCCAGCGGCGUCGUGCCUGCCUUCUUUUGUCGUCUUCUCUCGCCUCAGUACACGCUCACGACCUCUCUUCUACCGCCGCGACGAGCGACCAUCUCGCAACCAUGUCCCAGCCGGUGCUCGCCGAUUGUCGCCCUCGACAUACAAAAGCAACCGUUGACUUUUUGAAGCGGUUUACCGACCAAGAAACACAACGUCGGAUCGCGAACCAGCCGAAGCCGUUCUCGGCUCAGGAGCACGCCGACCUACGCAAGCAGCUAAAGAACGUCAACUUCAUCAAGCCGAGAUAUGCAGACGAAACCGAGAUCAAUAUCGCGGUCGUAUGCAGGAAAUGGAAACGUUACUGUCAAGAGCAGAACCUCGGUGAAUGGCAAGCGGCCUUGAAAAAUGUAACUCGCGUGACAAUGAUGAGCUUCUUUCUCCGGAUCAGCGAGUGGUCGAUAGGGAAAAUCAAGUCCUGGGGUACGACGCAGGUCUAUAUCCGGCAGUUUCAGCAGCUAUACACCACCGUCGCCGGUCGCUACAUGGAUAGGAAUGACGCGAAAGAGCUAUUCUACAAUGAUGCUAAUACGGACUGGGCUAGUUCCACCACACGAUCCUGA